CGGAGCCGGCGAGUGCGCCCGGGAACUCUGCCUGCGCAGCGGCCCCGCCGAGAGCCAGGCCCCGAGCGCGCGAGCUGGCCUUCUGGGGAGGGGCGGGAGGCGCGCGGGAGGGCCCGCCCGGCCAGGGCCCCGGGCGCGCUCCGAGGCCAGCCGCGCUCCCAGCCCGCCCGAAGCCCAUGCCCGGCGGCUGGCCCGUGCUGCGGCUGGAGAGGGGGCCCGGCUCUGCAUGGCCCCGGCUGCUGACAUGACUUCUUUGCCACUCGGUGUGAAAGUGGAGGACUCUGCCUUCGGCAAGCCAGCGGGGGGCGGCGGGGGCCAGACCCCCAGCAGCACCGCAGCCGCGGCGGCCGCCAUGGGCACAGACGAGGAGGGGGCCAAGCCCAAGGUGUCUCCCUCUCUCCUGCCAUUCAGCGUGGAGGCGCUGAUGGCCGACCACAGGAAGCCCGGGGCCAAGGAGAGCGCCCUGGUGGCCUCCGAGGGCGCUCAGGCAGCGGGCGGCUCCGCGCAGCCCCUGGGCUCCCGGCCCGGGUCGUUGGGCGCCCCGGACGCGCCGUCCUCGCCGCGGCCGCUCGGCCAUUUCUCGGUGGGCGGACUUCUCAAGCUCCCAGAAGAUGCGCUGGUCAAAGCCGAGAGCCCCGAGAAGUCUGAGAGGACCCCGUGGAUGCAGAACCCCCGCUUCUCCCCGCCCCCAGCCAGGCGCCUGAGCCCCCCAGCAUGCACCCUGCGCAAGCACAAGACCAACCGCAAGCCACGGACGCCCUUCACCACCGCGCAGCUGCUGGCGCUGGAGCGCAAGUUCCGGCAGAAGCAGUACCUGUCCAUCGCCGAGCGCGCCGAGUUCUCCAGCUCGCUCAGCCUCACCGAGACGCAGGUGAAGAUCUGGUUCCAGAACCGCCGCGCCAAGGCCAAGAGACUGCAGGAGGCAGAGCUGGAAAAGCUGAAGAUGGCUGCGAAGCCCAUGCUGCCACCCGCCGCCUUCGGCCUCUCCUUCCCGUUGGGCGGCCCCGCAGCUGUGGCAGCCGCAGCCGGCGCCUCCCUCUAUGGCGCCUCGGGCCCCUUUCAGCGCGCCGCGCUUCCCGUGGCCCCUGUGGGACUCUACACGGCACAUGUGGGCUACAGCAUGUACCACCUGACAUAGAGGGCCCCAGGGCCGCCCACCCACCCACCCGUGGCACCGGCCGAUUCCUCCAGCCCUAGCCUUCUGCAAGCAGCAGGAGCCUCCCCCCGCGCGAGCUCCCCUGUUCAGCACCACCUGGCUCCUUCCUUUAGCUCCGGCUCAGCUCUGGUGUCUCCUAGGUCGCUCCCUGAUUUCACUCUCUGAAGUCCGAUCCUCUUCCAAAAAUGUGACUGGAAGGGUCCCUUCUAUUCUAGAAUCUAGACCCACCCCCCUCGUGUUACAGAUGGGGAAACUGAGGCCAGAGAGGUUAAGACAUGGACCCACCAGGUCCCCAGCAGAGUUAGCGGUUGGGUCAGGACCAGAGGCCACGUCUCCAGCACCCCUGCCUCCUGUCCUGAUACCAGGUGGGGAAAGCACGGAGAAAUUCAAGUUUGAAGAUGUUGGAACGGAGGAUCCUGGGAGAGAAGAGCAUGCCGGGAGAUAUGGAUCCCGGUCCUUCCGUGGGAACACUUCUGGCCUGAGCAGCCAAGCGUUUUCUUUGGGUGGGGUGGGGCGGGGGGUGUACGCAGAUCAUUACGAAGGUAGGUUGAAGGGACCUCUCUCUUACCAGUACCAGAAAAAAAAAUUGUAAAAUAAAAAUUUAAAAUUCUCUUUCUAUUUAACAGUACAUUUGUGUGGCUCUCGAGAAUCCCUUUGGAAGGGAUUGGGUGUAAUAUACUGUAUAUUUGAAAUUUUAUUAUCAUUUAUAUUAUAGCUAUAUUUGUUAAAUAAAUUAAUUUUAAGCUACAAGAA